AUGGAGCAACACUCCCCCGCGCCAGAGUCGACGGGCGUCAACCCCGCCAACCCCGUGCUGCGAAGCAUCGCCCUGUCGGACGCCGUGACGCCGGGCAUCCACCAGCACACGUACAACUCUGCCGACAGCUCGCGCGCCCAAUCGCCCAGCGGGAACAGCUACUUUCCUCCCUCCAACUACACCACCCACGACUCUCACCACCAUCACCAGACUUCCUCUCAACAACAACCUCCCACGAGCGGCAACUUCAUCACGAGCAAUCCCACUUCGUCUCCCGCAAACACAGCUGCCUCAAAUACCUCCAAAGUCCCUCCGUCGCCAGGCCCCGGCGACAUCCUCAAGCGCAUGACCCUCGCCGCCAUGGGCCGUCGCGAGUCCCUCUCCCAGAUUCGCAGCGCCAACCCAGACCUGCAGCUGAGCGGCAACAUCAUCUCGGCCACCUUCAACAUUCCCCAUUCCCUCAAGUACCGCAAAGGUUCCGACUGGGAAUUAAAGGCGCGCCGCGGCCAAUCCGCCCUCUUCGACUCCUUUGCCUACCUCUCUUCCGACGAGACCCCCUGGAACCACACCGUCGUCGCCUGGACCGGCGAGAUCGAUACCCCCCAAGACGUCCUCUCGCCGCCCGGCACCCCGCCCGCUACGACUGUACACUUCUCCUCUCUCAACACCCUCUCCGCGCCCGUCCCGAUCGAUGGCGAUGCUCGCCUGCCCACGCCGCCUCCCAGCGAGGGCCUCUGGCUUCCCAAGGAGGACCAGGCCCGCCUCGAGACCCAGCUCGCCCACAGCAAGACCAUCAAGACGGUGCCCGUCUGGCUCUGCGACGACGACGAGCAGCAAGAAGCGGGCGUUCUCCUCAAGGACCAGAGCCGCUGGCGCCGCUACGCCGAACACGACCUCUACACCCUCUUCCACUACAAGCAGCACGAGCCCACCGACGGUCGCAAGGAGCGCUUGCAAUGGGCCGACUACUACCGCAUGAACCAAAAGUUUGCCAACCGCAUCAUCGACCUCUACAAGCCUGGCGACAUUGUCAUUGUUCACGACUACUACCUCAUGCUGCUGCCCAGCAUGCUCCGCCAGCGCGUCCCCAAUAUGAACAUCUCCUUCUUCCUCCACUCGCCCUUCCCCUCCUCCGAGUUCUUGCGCUGCCUGCCCCGUCGCAAGGAGGUUCUCGAGGGCGUCCUCGGCUCCAACCUCGUCGGUUUCCAGUCCUACAGCUACUCGCGCCACUUCUCCAGCUGCUGUACCCGCGUCCUCGGCUUCCCAUCGGAUAGCGGCGGUGUCGAUGCCUACGGUGCGCGCGUGCAGGUCGGUGUCUUCCCCAUUGGUAUUAACGCCGACAAGUGCGAAAUGUACGCCUGGACCGACGCCGUCACCGGAAAGUACGACGCUCUCAAGAAGCUGUACGAGGGCAAGAAGAUUAUUGUCGGUCGCGACCGCCUCGAUUCCGUUCGCGGUGUCGCCCAGAAGCUCCAGGCUUUUGAGCGCUUCCUCGAAAUGUACCCCGACUGGCGCGAAAAGGUCGUCCUCAUCCAGGUCACCUCCCCCACCAGCAUCGAGGAGGAAAAGGACGACGAUGGUUCCGAGUCCCGCAUCGCGACCCGCGUCAACGAGCUCGUCAUGCGCAUCAACGGCAUGUACGGCAGCCUGGGCUUCUCCCCCGUCCAGCACUACCCCCAGUACCUCAGCCAGGACGAGUACUUUGCUCUCCUCCGCGCCGCCGACAUUGGCCUCAUCACCUCGGUCCGUGACGGCAUGAACACUACGAGCAUGGAGUAUGUCAUCUGCCAGCGCGAGGGUCACGGCCCCCUCAUCCUCUCAGAGUUCAGCGGUACUGCCGGUAGCCUUAAGGACGCCAUCCACAUUAACCCCUGGGACCUCAGCGGUGUCGCCGUCGAGAUCAACAACGCCCUCACAAUGACGCCCGAGAAGCGCAUGAACAUGCAGGCCAACCUCUACAACCACGUCACCACCCGAAACGUCCAGAGCUGGAUCGAUAACUUCAUCCGCAAGCACGUCCACGUUCUCGGCACCCAGAAGAACGUAGCCGCCACCCCUCUCCUCGACCGCGCCACCCUCCUCAAGACCUACCGUGAAGCCGGCAAGCGCCUCUUCAUGUUCGACUACGACGGUACCCUUACCCCCAUCGUCCGCGAGCCCAGCGCUGCCGUCCCCUCCGAGCGCGUCCUGCAGACCCUCAAGGCCCUCGCCAGCGAUGAGCAGAACGCUGUUUGGAUCAUCUCGGGCCGCGAUCAAGAGUUCCUCACCCAGCACCUUGGCCACAUUGCCGGUCUUGGUUUCAGCGCUGAGCACGGCAGCUUCAUGAAAAAUCCCGGCUCCGACGAGUGGGUCAACCUUGCCGACGAGUUCGAUAUGGGCUGGCAAGCCGAGGUCAUGGCCUGCUUCCAGUCCUUCACCGACAGAGUGCCCGGUUCCUUUGUCGAGCGCAAGCGCUGCGCCCUCACAUGGCACUACCGUCUUGCCGACCCCGAGCAGGGCAUCCACAUGGCCCGCGAGUGCCAAAAGGAGCUCGAGUCAACAGUGGCGCAAAAGUGGGAUGUCGAGGUAAUGGCAGGCAAGGCCAAUCUCGAGGUCAGGCCGACGUUUAUCAACAAGGGCGAGAUUGCGAAGCGCCUCGUACACACCUACAACUCGGCGCCCGCGUCCGAGAAGCACCCCGGCCCCGUCGAAUUCGUCCUCUGCCUGGGCGACGACUUUACCGACGAGGACAUGUUCCGCGCCCUCAACGGCCUGUCGGGCACCGAGGUCCAGCACGAGCACAUCUUCACCGUCACUGUCGGUGCCAGCACAAAGGUCACUUUGGCGAGAUGGCAUCUGCUAGAGCCCGAGGACGUGGUCGAGUGUGUCGCGUUGCUGGCGGGAGUCGGUCUCGGCGGCGAGGCUCACGAGCACUUUGGCCAGGUCAACUUGGCCGCUCUGAGCACGGUCGAGGGACACAUUCCCGAGUCGGAGAAGUGA